GGUGGGCUUAUAAAAACAAAGUGACAAGGGGCAUGCCAAAAAUGUACAAUCUUUUACCAGAAAAGAUAGUCUUAUCAUGAUGCCAAAUGCUUGUGUUUUCCCACUACUAUUUAUGUUCCUAUUAGGAAUUUUCAGUGAAGAGAAUUUCUAGAAUUCACACCAUUCGGUUCACCGCUGAUUUUUUCAACCUUUUCAACUACUUAGACAACCUCAAACCUACUUAAGAGACCGAGUAUAUAUAACUUGUGCGAGAGUGGUGAGUGGUGAUAUAUUUAAGAGGUAAUUAGUAGAAGAGAGAUUAUACAAGAGGCUUAAUCAGCAACUUGUGAGAGUUUUGCAAAUACAAAACCCUUUUGAGAGAGGAAGAUGGGGAACACUAUAGGAGGGAGAAAAAAAGCAAAGGUGAUGAAGAUCAAUGGCGAAACCAUGAAGAUAAAGACUCCCAUACAAGUUUGGGAUGUUGUCAAGGACUACCCUGGUCAUGUUCUGUUGGAAUCUGAGGCUGUUAAGCAUUAUGGCAUCCGAGCCAAGCCAUUGGAACCACAGCAAGAGCUUAAGCCCAAGAGAGUUUACUUCUUAAUUGAACUGCCCAAGUUUCCUGAGGAGAAAAAGUUGUCUAAACGCUCACAAUCCACUGGCAUACACCUGAGUGCCAAGGAUAGGCUAGAGUGCUUGAUGCUAUCUCGAAGAACGGUUUCUGACCUUUCGCUUAUUAGACCAUCGUCGAGUCUUGUAUCCGAUGAGCCGGGACCGGGUACAAGCCCUUUGAGGGUGAAAAUGAGGUUGCCAAGUUCCCAAGUGGCUAAAUUGGUGGCUGAAAGCAGAGAUAAGGUAGAGGUGGCUGAGAAGAUUGUAGGUCUUUAUAUGAACCAUGCUGGACCUAUAGAGGUUAACAAGGACUCACUGGAGGCAAGAGAGGGCGCGUUGGUGCACCAGGAAGUACCAUGGAAACCAGCUCUUGGUAGCAUUGGGGAGAAGAACAAAGCACAUAAGAAGAAGGUGAGCUUCGUGCCAGUGGAAGAAGAUGAAAUUUGUCUAGAUGUUGCUUCUAAAUAGCAAGAGACUUUGUCAAAAUAUUGGUGAAGCAUAUGGAAACACCCAUGAUUAGUAUGCUUGUAUAGAUUUUGUUCUUAAUUAUAUCGUAGAAGAUUUCAAUUAUAGUUUUUUUUCUUUUUUGAGAGAGAAUUUCAAUAUAUAAUGUCUUCUAAAUUAUAGUUGUUAUAGGUAGGUGUAGUAAGACAAAUACUUGUAUUUAGUCGGACCAGGAACCAGUCUCAAUGCAUGCGUAGUAACAAGGACAUGAUGAGUGUCAAUAUAUUUUGAGUUUGAAAGGCUUUGAAACCAAAAUAUUUGCUUAUUCAUGAUAUGCAUGGUAUUCUUUUGAAAUGAAGAUUGUAAGAGUGAAGAAGUAUUUUUACAACAAUAUGUAAGCCAUUAUCAUAUAUAGCAUGUAACUUCUAGGAUA